CAUCCAAAGGAUCGCUUACGGCAGUUUCUCGGCUGGGGUUCCCCAACAUUCCUUUUCUACAAAUGGAAUGCUCUUUCAUUGUUAAUUGAUCACCGAGAAUUCAAUGGACCUCUCUUUCCUCUGCCUCCUCCUACUCUUCUCAACCGCUGCAUUUGUCAAUGUCCAUGCAUCUUUUACUGGAACAUAUGGAGUAAACUAUGGCAGGAUCGCCGACAAUAUACCUUCGCCUCACAGCGUGGUGACGCUUCUUAAAGCAGCAAAGAUAAAAAACAUCAGGAUAUAUGAUGCUGAUCAUGAAGUUCUCACGGCCUUCAAAGGAUCAGGUAUAGAAAUAAUUGUAGGACUGGGAAAUGAGUUCCUCAAAGACAUUAGUGUGAAUGAGGAUCGCGCCACAAAUUGGAUAAAAGAAAAUGUGCAGCCAUACAUUCCGGGGACUCACAUUUCAGGAAUAGCAGUGGGGAAUGAGAUCUUGGGGGGAACUGAUAUAGAGCUCUCAGAGGUCUUAUUGCCUGCCGUAAAGAACGUUUACAAUGCACUUAGCCGGCUUGAUUUGGCUAACUCCAUUCAGGUCUCGAGUCCACAUUCGGAGGCUGUGUUUGCAAAUUCCUACCCACCAUCGGCCUGCAUUUUCAAGGAAGAUGUUGCUCAAUUCAUGAAGCCGCUUUUGGAAUUUUUCUCACAGAUCAAAUCCCCAUUUUAUAUAAAUGCAUAUCCAUUUCUGGCAUAUAAGAGUGACCCUGAGCAUAUUGACCUUAACUAUGCUCUCUUCAAGAAAAAUGCCGGGAUUCAUGAUACAAAAACCAACCUGCAUUACGACAACAUGUUUGAUGCAAUGGUUGAUGCGUCGUAUUUUGCUCUGGAGAAGGCUGGAUUUGACAAGACAGAGGUCAUAGUUUCCGAAACUGGUUGGGCGUCUCGUGGGGAUGAAAGCGAAGCAGGAGCCAACGCCAAAAAUGCCAGGACUUACAACUACAACCUGCGGAAACGGCUGAUGAAGAAGAAGGGGACGCCUCAUAGGCCAAAGACGGUUGUGAAAGCUUACAUUUUUGCUUUGUUCAACGAGAAUUUGAAACCGGGGCCGACUUCCGAGAGGAAUUUCGGAUUGUUCAAAGCUGAUGGGAGCAUUUCAUAUGACAUUGGCUUCACUGGACUUGUUGGACCUUCUGCAGCAUCCUCAUCUCUUCUUAACUACAAGGUUUUCACAAGUUGUGCAGCUCUUCUGCUACUAUUGUUAGCAUCAUAAUGUCUAUGAGGCUGUACAGUUUAAGUGUUUAGGGUUCUUCGAUUAACACAUAUUGUUGCAACAUGAUCUCGAUGUAUAGACAAUUCGAUUAUUUUUACGUUAUGAUUCCAUUGUCAAGUUAGAUACCAGCCAAUAUUGCUGACGGUUUUCUAAUAAUAUUCUAGCAGUUUACAA